GUAAUCGUCUUCCGUCUUCUCUCAAGUUUGAAGUUUCUCACUUCCUCACUAGCAGAAGCUGCUUCUUGCCAUGGAAGAUCAUCCCCAUGACGAAUCUUUCGACCUUCAAGAGAUUCGCAGCCGCGUGAAAGAGCUCGAGUACCUUCACCGUAAUUGCAUAGAUGAACCUGGAGAAUCGAUUCCUUCCGAUUCCGAGUCGUUGGCUCAAGAUUUUGCUCUCCAGCUUGAGACAAAGGUGAAAGAGAUUGUUGGAGAUUAUUGCUAUUAUGUUGAUUCAAUGGAUGUUGAAGAUUCAGAUGCUUACUUGGAGUACUUAAGAAAAGAGCUUCAUUCUGCUGAGGCUGAAAGCGCCAAGGUUUCUCAAGAAAUUGAACGUCUUUCUAUGUCUCAUGCCCAAGAUUCCACUAGGCUGGAUUCGGAUCUUGAAGGUCUUCUAUUCUCUCUCCAUUUCCUGUCUUCUCAGGAUGUGGAAAACUCAAAAGAGAACCCACCAUCCAGCAGCUCAAUGGAUGUAUGUGAUGCGGAUUAUGACGACAAAUUUAAGAUGUUUGAACUUGAGAAUCAGAUUGAGGAGAAAAAGGUGAUUCUCAAGUCACUGGAAGAUCUGGAUUCUGUACGUAAAAGGCUUGAUGCUGCAGAACAGGUUGAGGAUGCAUUGAUAGGCUUGAAGGUUCUCGAGUUUGAUGGAAACUUCAUUAGGCUCCAACUGCAAACAUAUGUUCCAGAACUAAAUGGCUUGCACACUACUGAAGCAUCUGAAUUGAUCCAUGAAUUGCUAAUUUAUCUUAAGGAUAAAACUACGGAGAUAACAAAAGUUGAGAUGCUUCCCAAUGAUGUAUACAUAGGAGACAUCAUUGACGCUGCUGAUUCUUUCAGGCAAAUAAGAUUACACUCUGCAUUGCUAGACACAAGAUCUUCACUCCAGUGGCUUGUCGCCAAGGUGCAAGAAAGAAUUGUUUUGACCACUUUAAGAGAAUCUAUGGUGAGAAGUUCGAAAACAAUCAGGCACACGUUCAAAUACUAUGACAAAGAUGAAACAAUUGUGGCUCAUAUAGCCGGAGAUAUUGAUGCAUUUUUAAAAGUCUCUGAUGGUUGGCCGCUGCUGAAUUCUCCACUAAAGCUCGCAUCUCUCAAGAACUCUGAUAAUCAUUCAAAUGGAAUUUCGCUGAGCCUAAUCUGCAAAGUAGAAGAACUAGCGAAUUCCUUGGAUUUACAGACCAGGCAAAACUUAUCAAGCUUCAUGGAUGCUAUUGAGAAAAUACUUGUUCAGCAAAGUCGUGAGGAGCUCCAUUCCAAUGAAACCUCCCAAAAGUGAGUACCAAGAACGUCCUUGACUCCAUAUCCUUAACGUAUCUUUGACAGGUUUCUUUGGUUUGUCUUCGGUGUAGAUCUCCAUAACGUUGUUUUCGUUUGCUAUCUGCAACUCUUUGUUGUAAUACUUAUGAAAUAACUUCUGCCACGGUCAAUCUAAUGAUGGAGCUUUAUAUUGCUUUAUGCUCAUGAAAAAACAAAAAUGUUAUAAUAGAUUUGACAGAAAGGAGCCAAACUUGUAUUGUCCUGUAACUUCCUCUGGUCCUACCCAUUAGGCUUAUUGUCCUCAAGUUGCCUUCUAAUGUCAACAUCUUUCACCCACUAUCUUAUCAUCCG